UCUCUCUCAAUCACCAGUUCUACAAAUCCUUCCACAGCAUAUCUUGUCAAAGAAUUCAUCGUCGAUGUUCAAAAAAAUCAAAAUCUCAACGUAACCUUCAUACCAUCUCCGAGCUCUUAUGCCUUCAUCAAUGGGAUCGAGGUUAAACGUGGGUGGCAAAGAUGUUUCCAACAUUAAUGAUACUGGAAUGUUCCGAUCUUGGAGUCAGGAUGAGGAUUACAUCUUCGGAAAAGCGUUUGGCACCAUGCCUCAUCGGUCUAAUGCCACGAUCAAGUACACUGAGGACACCCCACCAUACACUGCACCAGAGAUUAUAUACACUUCUUCUCGUACAAUGGGUAAGAAUCCUAACAUUAACUUGCAAUACAACCUCACUUGGAUUUUUCCUGUAGAUGUUGGGUUUCUAUAUCUGGUUAGGCUCCAUUUUUGCGAGACUCAAUUAGAAGUUACGCUUGAGAAUCAACGGGUAUUUCGUAUAUUCAUAUAUAAUCAGACAGCUGAAGAGGAAAUGGAUGUGAUCCAUUGGAGUGGCGGUAAUGGAAGUCCUGUGUACAGAGACUACAUUGUGUUGGUCCCUGGAAAAUCCCAAACUAAGCAGGGUUUAUGGCUUGCACUCCAACCAAACAGAGACGUGAUUCCAAAACCGGAUUAUGCAGAUGCAAUCUUGAAUGGUGUAGAGAUAUUCAAGUUGAACCAAUCGGAUGGUAACCUAGCCGGGCCCAACCCAGAACCACCGAUGAUGGGUCUAAGUUCAACAUCCUUAGAACCAGAGAAGAAGACAGCGCCUAAAAAUAACCUGUCACCGAUUAUGAUUGCAACAGGAAUUGCCACUGGUGCUUUGCUUGCAAUACUCAUUAACAUAUGUUUCUUAGCUCACUAUCAGAGGAGGAGGAAGAGAUCGGAUGAAUCUGGUACAAGCUUGGCCAAAUCCUUGUGGGUCCCAUUUUCCAAGAAGUGGAGGUCCACGGACGAAAGCAUUUCAACAUUGCCAUUAGAACUAUGUCGUUACUUCUCGAUCGUGGAGAUCAAAGCGGCCACGAACAACUUCGAUCGUCGAUUAGUCAUAGGUGCUGGAGGAUUCGGCAAUGUGUAUAAAGGGUACGUUGACAGUGGGUCCACCGCUGUUGCGAUCAAACGGUUGAACCCAUCGUCAAAGCAAGGGACUCGCGAGUUUUGGACUGAGAUCCACAUGCUCUCCCAGCUUCGCCAUGUUAAUCUCGUUGCUUUAAUCGGAUAUUGUGAUGAUCAAGACGAGAUGAUCCUUGUGUAUGAGUACGUGGCACGAGGUACCCUUCGUUCUCACCUCUAUGGAAAUGACAACCCUACGCUUACAUGGAAGCAACGGAUCCAAAUUUGCAUCGGCGCAGCGCAUGGGUUGAAUUACCUUCAUACAAGUGCAAAGAAUAUGAUAAUUCAUCGCGACGUGAAAUCCACGAACAUACUGCUAGAUGAGAGGUUGUUAGCGAAGGUUUCAGAUUUCGGUUUGUCAAAAUUGGGUCCUACAAGCAUGUCCCAGACCCACGUCAGCACUGUUGUGAAAGGUAGUUUAGGGUAUGUGGACCCAGAGUACUAUCGGAGGCAGAAGUUAACAGAAAAAUCUGACGUGUACUCAUUCGGGGUGGUGUUGUUUGAGGUAUUGUGUGCUAGGCCAGCAUUGAUGCCGAGCCUACCCAAGGAGCAAGUGAACUUGGCCCAAUGGGCCAAGAAAUGUUUUCAUAAUGGGACCCUUGAGCAGAUCGUUGACCCGAGUUUGAGAGGUGAGAUUGCAUUCGAUUGUCUUAACAAGUUUGGGGAGGUUGCAGAAACUUGUACACGUGAUCGAGGAAUCGAACGGCCAACAAUGAGAGAUGUGGUGUGGGCCCUUCAGUUUGUACUUAAACUUCAAGAAAACGCUGUGAAGAAUAUCAACGUUGGACAUGGGGUUGAAGAUGUAGGCUGUGUUGGCCUGGACACAGGUGGGACCCAAGCCAGCCCAUCUAAUCCACGUGGAGAGGUGACUGCCUCUGACUUUGAUGACUUGUUUUCUUCUCGUGGACGCGUGUUGGACUCAAGAAGUACUUGGGAAGCUAGUAGCGGUGGGAAGAGUAUUCAGAUGGGAUGGAAUAAUUCUAUAUCCAACAGUAAAGAUGAAAGCAAGUCGGGAAUUGAUCAGAAUUUGUAAGUGUAUUUUAUUUUUGUAAUUUAGAUAAAGACUGAUCAUGCUGUAGAUUUAUAUAAUUAAUUAUUAUGGAAGCAAUUAAUGAUUUUAAUAUUUUUUUAUAACAA